AUGGAAGAUAGGGUUUUUACAGCUAUUUUAAAUGGUAAAGAAAUAGAGAAGCUUUGGCACACCUCUAUAGUAGCUUAUGGGGAAGAGUUUUUCUUUGGAGGAGGGGGCAUUUCAAGUUGCCAUCCGGGUGGUACACUUCUAGGUAUGCCUGAUUCCAUUGUGGAUCUUGGAAACACUGAAAUUCCUCGAGACCUUUUUCUGGAAUAUCUCUCUUCUUUCAGUGAGUCUACUUAUAGACCUGAAAAAUACCACCUUUUUGAACACAACUGCAACAACUUCAGUUGUGAGGUGGCCCAGUUUUUAACUGGAGCCAAGAUUCCCUCAUACAUCACUGAUCUCCCAUCUGAGGUGCUUGCAACGUAA